GGAGGCGGAAGGGAAAGCGGGGUGCGCUGCAGGAAGUGGCGGUUGCCGGGGCAAUGGGGCUCGGGGGGACGCGCGUCCGCCGAUGGGGCCGAGCCCGGGGCGAGGGCCCGCCCGCCCAGUCCUGGCCUGGGGAACCGCCGAGGUGGCGGAGUGGGUGUCGGGGCUCGGCUUCCCUCAGUACCAGGAGUGCUUCAGAGCCAAUGGCAUCACCGGCCGCCGCCUCAUCCUGGUGAACUGCUCCAGCCUGCCGGCCCUGGGCGUCACAGACUUUGGACACAUGCAGGAGAUUUCACGACAUGUGCGGGAGUUGCUGGGGAUUGAGGAGCCUGUCUUCAGCAGAUCCAUUGCCCUUCCAUACAGAGACAACAUGGGUCUGUUCCUGGAACAAAAGUCUCGAUCAGGACAGAAAGCAGAUGCCCUCACUUUCUCACAGUUUGUCCAAGAAGCAGGCUUAGAGCCCCAUUCUACAUUUCCUCCUUUGCAACAGGCACAGACUGGAGUAGAAAUAGAUGCUCUCCUUUUAUCACAGAGCGCACAGACUCAGGAUUAGAGUCUCACUGCAGUUCCAUCUGUGUAAGAAGCCCACGUGGGAGAGCCGUAUACACCCUUAUUAGCUGGCUUCUUUGUCCAGGGUGGUAUAGUUUCACAUUUUUCAUUAUAUAAAAGGCUAUUGCAGCUCUUGGCAUUUUGAUGACAGCAAACACAUGCCUGCAUUGGCUCUUUUCUGUAAGAACUUUUUGCAAUUCAUGUGCUUCCAGGAACUAAAUGAAACAAGACACAUAAAUGAGAUGUGACUUUACCACUGA